AGCGCAGCGACGGAGGCAUGUGCGAGGGCCCGUCGCGCAUCUCGGGGCCCAUCCCCCCAGACCCUUCGCUCUGCCCGGACUACUACCGGCGACCGGCUUCCGCCCAGGGGCGCCUGGAGGGAAACGCGCUGAAGCUGGACUUGCUGACGUGGGACCGCGAUCCGGCCAGCGCCUCUCCCCGAGGCCCUCGCAUCGUCGCGGGAGCGCGAGAGAUCCAGGAGCGGGGCCGGCAGGGCGUGGGGGGCGUGCUGCUACAAUUUGGGGGCAUCUCCUUAGGCCCCGGGGCCUCUCCCAAGAGGAAGGACCCUAAAGACCAUGAGAAAGAGAACCUGAAGCGGAUCAGGGAGAUCCAGAGGCGAUUUCGUGAGCAGGAGCGCAGCAGGGAGCAGGGCCAGCCCAGGCCCCUGAAGGCUCUGUGGCGCUCGCCGAAGUACGACAAAGUGGAGUCCCGGGUCAAGGCCUUUCUGCAGGAGCCCAGCCCUGCCUCUGGAACAGAGCCGGCCCAGUUCCUGCGGGCACACUCCCGCUGUGGCCCCGGGCUCCCUCCACCCCGUGCUCCCAGUCCUCAGCCUGACCCACAAGGUGCCAACGCCAAGGGGCCCGGCCUAGGGGUCGACUUCAUUAGCCACAAUGCCCGCGCUGCCAAGAGAGCCCCCCGGCGGCAUUCCCGCUCACUGCAGGUCCUGGCACAGGUGCUGGAGCAGAAGCGGCAAGCCCAGGAGCGUUACAACACCACACAGAAGGGCCAGCUGCCCCACUACUUGUUGGAGCGCAGGGAUCUCUGGCGGCGGGAGGCAGAGGCCCGUCAGCAAAGCCAGCCAGACCCUGCCAUGCCCCCUGGCCACACGCGCAUGCCCGAGAGCCAGCGGCUGGAGACACUGAACAGUCUACUCCGGAGCCAGGAGCAGCUUCUGCGUGAGCUGGUGCUCCUGCCAGCUGGGGCAGACUCGCUGAGGGCCCAGGGCCACCGCGCUGAGCUGGACCGGAAGCUGGUACAGAUUGAAGAGGCUAUCAAGAUCUUUUCCCGUCCCAAAGUUUUUGUGAAGAUGGAUGCCUGAGCCCUCCUAUGGAACUUCCCUAGGGGCCUCCUUCUUGGAGGAUCACCCACUGGCUACAGAGGGCGUGUUCCGGUCCUGUCAGAGUGGGGUGUCACUCCUGUCCAAAGAGAGUAGC